UGAUAACGGUUGUACCACGUGACAUUGGGUGUACAACACGAUUUGAGAACUGCCGGCACCCGACACAAGCAUUUUAUCGUCUGCUUGCUUGGCAGUUGUGUGGGGAGCAGACUGCGGGUCUCACUUACAGAAGUUAAGAUGUCUGACAACACCAUUCCCGAGGCAUCGAAAUGUCCGUUGAUGUUCCUGGGCAAGACGGGGUUAAAGGUCUCCAACAUCUGCCUCGGGGCAAUGACCUUUGGAAAAUCAGUUUCUGGAAGACUAGACGGAAACAUAGACGAAGAAGAGUCUCACCGACUAAUGGACAGGUUCGCAGCCUGGGGAGGGAACUUUCUAGACACGGCGGAUGUGUACGGCCCAAAGUUCUCUGAGACGAUCGUGGGAACCUGGCUUCAAAAACAGGAGAGGGAGAGGAUUGUCAUCGCCACCAAGGUUCGUUUCUCCACAGACCCCUCCGACCCCAACAAUGUUGGACUCAGCCGCCGACACAUCACACGUGCCGUGGAGGAGAGUCUGGGCCGUCUACAGACAGACUUCAUCGACCUUUACCAGACUCACCUGUGGGACAACGCCGUGCCCCUGGAGGAGACCUUACGCACCUUGAACGACCUGGUGAGGUGUGGCAAGGUGCGCUACCUGGGGGCCUGCAACCUGUCGGGGUGGCAGCUACAGAAGUGGAUUCAGGUGCAGGAAAAGCUGGGACUGGAACCUGUCGUCGCUCUGCAGCAACACUACAGUCUCAAGGAGCGGGCUUCUGAGUGGGAGGCCUUCCAGGUGUGCAAGGGCAACGGUCUCGGGGUGUUGCCAUGGAGUCCACUCAGCGGAGGAGUGUUGGCUGGUAAGGUCAGCCGAGACAAGCCCCCUGACACCGGGCGCAUGGCUGACGCCGUCCAGAAAAACUUUAAUACCGCCGCGGCGCCGAACUGGAACCAACUGAAAGACAAGGAGCAGAUCUGGAACAUUCUGGAUGUCUCCAAACGCAUCGCCGAGACCAAAGGUAAGACUCAGGCCCAGGUGGCCAUUCGCUGGCUUCUGCAGAAGGACAUUGUGGCUUCUGUCAUCAUCGGCGCGCGCACUGUACAGCAGCUGGAUGACAACAUGGGCGCCGCCAACGGCUGGACACUGACACCGGAAGAGAUGGCAGAGCUGGACAAGGUGUCGCAGCCCGACAAGCCCUACCCCUACAGCAUGGCCGACAUGUUCAUGGGGGAUCGGGUCAACCCCUUCAACCCUCCACUGACCAUCUAAUAAGCUAAACGAUCAUGAAAUCCUAUGAACAUGUUGUUUGUAACCAACGCUUGUCAAACCUUUGGCAGGAGCAGAUUGUUAGAGAAGAUUGUUAUGUUAUACAGAAUUUUGUUGGAGACGAAAUACGGAUAAAAAAAAAACAAACCAAAAAAUAAACCUAAUCUGCUGGAAAUCGAAAACGUUUCGUUUUGUAGUAUACUAUUAAAAACGAAAUAAA